UUUUCGGCUUUUAUUUUUCCCUAGACAAAUGUGUCUUGUAGUUUUAUAAAAAUUGUCGGCUUUUAGUUUUUGGUUUAUUUAUAUAUAUUUUUUUUUGAAUGCCACACAAAAAUGUCAAUUGGCUAUCCAUGGAUAAGACUACGUCGUCUGUGCCAGAUAAUGCGUCAGAAUUUUGCCAAAUGUUGUGAAGAGAAGCUCAACGCACAGAUCAAUAUGGAACUAAAGGCAUGCCAUCAAUAUUUGGCCAUGGCCUAUCAUUUCGAUCGGGCCGAUGUCAGUUCACCGGGCGUCCAUGGAUUCUUUUUGCAGGCCAGCGCCGAGGAGCGCCAGCAUGCCGAGAAGAUAAUGAAGUACAUGAAUAAACGAGGUGGCUCCAUUAUUUUGAGCAGUGUACCGGAACCGUUGCCCAAAUUUACCGAUGCUUUGACGGCCCUGAAGCAUGCCCUAAACAUGGAACUGGAGGUGAAUCAGCAUCUGUUAGAGGUGCACGCAUUGGCAAGCAAACAGAACGAUCCGAAUCUGUGCGAUUUCAUUGAGGCAAACUUUCUGCAGGAGCAGGUCGAUGGCCAAAAGAUUCUAGCCGAUUUUAUAAGACAGCUGGAACGGGCCCAGACAGAUCUUGGGGACUAUUUGUUUGACAAGUACAUGAUCUCGGCUGGAAUGCACAACUCGGUGGCCAAGUGAACAAUUGAUACAAACAAUAUAUACAUUUCUACAUAUAUAUGUGUAUAUAUAGAAUUCUCAAUUUGUGACACCUUAAUUUACAACAAGUAUGACUUAUCAGUGUCCCAGUGUCGUCUAUAAAUAAACUGACUUAUCAAUUAGUGA